GAGGGAGAGACGUGUGUUGGUAUAUACGUAUGCAGCGAGGUAGCAGCAGAGGAGACCGAAGCCGAAGCGUACAGACAGACGGCUCCGUACGCGCGAGUACGAGUACGAAUUCUAAAAUGAGAUUGGAGGAGGAUCUAGUGAUCCGCAGGAGCCGACCCACGAUGAUCUCCGCCAAAUAUCGCGCUCGCGAGGAACGUCGCCGUCUACUCAAGAUUUCCGCCGGUAAGCUGAGAAGGAUCGAGGAUCCGGAAGCGAGCCUAUGCCGAUCGGUUCUGAUAAACAACGCGGUACGACGGCUGCAGCGUGAAAAUCGGGACGAGAAGACACGUAGUUACAGUACACUCGCAGUAUCAGUGGCAUCGUACAUGGACGACGCCAGCAAGGAAAAUAACAUCACCGGCAGCCUCAUCACCGAUCACAUAACGGAUGAGGAAACCUCCUCUAGGAAGAGGUUGGCCGACGAUUCGAGGGACGGACUCAGUUCCAAGCGGCAUAGGCACGAUGACUUGGACUUGCAAGACGACGUAUUCAGUGACUUUUACAUCUUACCACCAACGCCACGUUUACUCUCGCAUAUCGACGAGAUUCAGUCAGACGUAGUAGCGUCGCAUCACAACGGCAAUCACCAUCUGGGCUUCCCGGAGGAUCGUCUCGGUAGCGACAGUGGCAACGGCGUGGCUGACGUGCGAUUGAACUGCACAAGUAGCACCUCCACAACGACUAACGGCGUUGACAACGCGACAAACUGUCAUUCCGUGCUCUUCCCCGUCGUCGUCGGACAUCUCGACGACGCGAGUGUGCAACUCUCGAGACAGGGAACCGAUAUGAUGGAGGUGGUCGAUGUAGUCGAUCCCGAUCGGCUUUGCGACUUUUCCAGAUUCGCCGACUCGACAAAGACGCUCGAGGAACGACUAGCCGAGCUACAAUCUUUGGACGAGCAUUUCGAUCUCACCAAGUUCGAACGCAACAACAAUCAGAGUUGCGGCCGCGCCUUCCAUGACAUACAGACCUUCCACAGUCUGGUGCCAGGCCUGGAGACCUAGACGGUAGCACUGGCUCGAGACCAAGCAGUCAACGAGGUGUUGUAACCCGAUUUUGCGGUGUUUCCAGAGUCGCCUGACGAAGAGAGCGUCAACCAAUCCAACGUUCGUCGUCGUAUUUUAUCCUCGUGCGCUCGUAUCUCCCUGCGUGGGAAAACGCGUGAUCGAACAAUGUCGAUGUAUCAACGAUUAUUCGAAUGAUUUCUUACCGUGGGCAAACGGAUGGGCUAAUAACAAAUUCUAUCUUGGAUACGUGCCAUUUUUUUAACAUUAGACCCGCAACGGCAAUUUUCAAAAGCAACUUGCAACAACAAUUUAGAUAUAUUCCAUUCUUAACGGUCCAAAUGUAACUGAAAAAUUUAUCUAAAUUUUUGUGUGGGUUAGAAUUUUAUUAUGAUUUAAAUUCAAUUCAAUUGCAUGAGGGAGGAGGGGGAGAGACGAUGUUAAAUAACGGCACAAUAUGUAUGUACGGUAUUUUGGUCGUAUCAUAUAUCGCUUGCGAGUCUGAUUCAUGCUGGUAAUAAUCUACUUACGGCACUGACUCAAUAUUCAACGCGCAAUGUUUUAUGCGAGAUAUCUAAUAACACGAUGAAACGCGCAUUGGCCUUUUGUUUAAUAAUUUCGAAAUAUUUUUCAUUGGUUCAAUGUCUUGCAUUUACAUACAUACAAUUAUGAGUAUAAUUUCAAUUUUCAAUAGUUUAUUGUCAAAUACAUAUAAGCUAUGUAAAGAUGAGAACAGCAAUUAGAAGCUUGUCCAUAAAAAAAAACAAAUUUUUUGUGAAAGAAAUAUCAAUAACUUGUAAAUUAUUCUUGUAAAAUCUUGCCUUUUUAAGUCAUUUGUCCUUUUAACAUUGAACAAAAUCGAGGAUCGUAGAGAGAUUUAUAAGAAAAGAGUGAAGCGCGAAUUUGCCACAAGUCUGCCAUUUUUACGACAUUUUUUACGUUUAUAUAUCACCUUAAUAUAGAUGUACAGAUAUAAUUGUAAUGUAACAUAUAUAAGUGUACAUAAUAUAUAGUACAUAGUGAUAUGUAUAUAUCUAUACAUGUUACAUUACGUUUAUACACGUACAAACAUCUAUACUGUAGAUAUACAUAUGCACAUUGUGGUAGUAUCCUAAAAAUGACGGUAUCAAUCAGUAGAGAACACUAUCCGCUUCACUUUUCUUAUAGUCUCUCUAGAAACUCGCAGAGUCUUUGUAGCGUGAGUUGGCAUGCACAAUUAUUGGCUUUGCUUUUUAAAUGGCGCGCUUGAUUUAUUUAAAUCGAUAGCCAAUAGAUGACAGAUUUCAGCCUUAAUCAACCUCAAUCAUCAUUACGUACACGCAUUCGUUUAAAUUCUUUUCCUUUAUGACUUUUCUCGGGGAGGGGGGAUACUUUUAUAAUUAUUUUAAUAAAUUGAAAUUUUUCAUUUUACUUGUAAGUAAGUUCAUCUUGGUAAGUCGUUAUAAAUCUAGUUAAAGAUAUGUAAUAAAAAAAUGGAAUUUUUGGAAUUUAUUAUUAUCAACGCUUAGCGAUCUUAUACACGCGAGCACGAGUCAAGUACUGACGUCCUCGUCCGUUUCUUGUCCUCCACGUCUUGGAGGACAUCCGCCCAACCUUGCCCGCGGCCUGAAUCGCACAUCGAAGCACCUCGCAGUGCCGGAGCGUCAUGGAGAUAUGCGCCUACAUACUAUUCUCCACCGUCAAAAACUCUCUUUCGGUAUCGACGGUAAGGCGCGGUGAGGCAAGCGAUCUUCGGCAUGACACACGCAAAGUGCGCGAGUAUGCACACAUUGUUUGUAUAUACACAGAUAGAUUUUUAAUAACAUGUUAAGAUUAUAGGAUAAAUUAUAUCGAGAGAGAUAGCACACAUCGAGAUAGAAUUGUGUGUGAGAUAGAAGGCGCAUGGAAAGCAGCUUAGCGCCAGUAAGAUAUGAAAUUCGAUGAGAACAUUCAGUAGGAAAAGUGAGAACAAACGUAUGUUAUAUUUUCUUUCGCCGUUUUUUUAGUGAAAGAUGAGACACGAAAUAAUGUCGCGAACGUUCAUCUUCGAUGUGCAUCGAAUGGCGUUAAGCGCGUUUUCCGCACGAUUUCUUCUCCGCGUUGCGUUCGAGAGCAUUGCUCUACAGCGAAUUCUCUCCGACUAGCCAUAUGGGAAACUUGCAUCUUCGCAAUGCAGUUUUCUCUGUGGAAAAAUUUGAAAUUUAGUAUUGUUGUCGAUAUAAAUUUCGGCACGUCGCGCAUCGGCCGACAGUGAACGACUGUUUUUAAACGGCGCGGUGCCGGUGCCGGCGGUUCUAAUGCGGUGCAAUUCAUUCCGGAGCAUAUUCUCCGUAGACCGUCUUGUAAGCGCGACGAAAGGCGCUGAUUUAUCGCGUAAUGCCACAACGAGCCUUAGUUGUUGUACAUUAUUGCAUCACUUUCGUCGAUCUUUUAUUAGAUUUCUUUAUAUUUGAGGAGACAGAUUGCCUUAGCAAGCAAUAGCGCUAUACUCUUCUACUGGUGCUUUCCUCUCUCUCUCUCUCUCUCUCUCUUUCUUCCAUGGAGAAAAUCAUCUUGUAUGUAGGUAUAUACAUACAGGAGAUAUCACAGAAUUUGCUUUCUGCUAAACUUCAGUAGAAUCAGUGUGACAAAAAUAUAUAUGGCAUGGCAGAAAGAUUUCGAUUUUCUACUUUCCAUUUAUGAUUUAUGUCCUGGAUUGCUGUUGUAACGAGCGCGUUAAUUUUCGAUAUUAUUUCAUCAUCAUCUAUCGCGUACUUUUUCUUUCCUUAGCUUAGAACGAUGCGCUUGGUGCAAUAAUGUUUAGCGAAGAAGAAUCAACUGGCGAUCAACACAAAAAAGUUCAUCGAGAAGCGAUCAAUUUUAUUAGAUAAAAAUUUUAUCGCGUAAAAAUGUUUUGUUAUUUUAUUAUUGACAUGCCAAAUGAAGCAUCUUGCAUUCAAUUAUUGUUAAUCUUUUCCGAUUCUGUGCGCCUAAAAAUUUUUAUUUCUUUUUAUCGAAAUUAAACUUUGAUUUAGUUUUAUAUUAAGGAUGCGUCUCUAUUAUUUGUAAACACUGUAUCCACAAACGGUGUACAUACAGAGCAUUAAUGCCGUUCAAUGCGCCUUAACAUAUUCAAGAAACAUCUUUUCAAAUUUUGUUUUUAUACACACACACACACACACCAUUAACGAAAUUUUACACACACACACACACACACACACAGACCCAUAUAAACGCACGCACGAUAUAUGAUUCACUAUUCCUUCCAUUUUUUGCGUAAUGAAUCAGUUUAUACGCGCGCGCGCGCGCGCGCGUGUGUGUGUAUGUGUGUGUAUGCAUAUAUGUAUAAAGUCUCUUUGAGAGUACAUGAACGCAUCGGACGACGUUAAAGCUGCCGAUUAUAUACAUACCGUACAGUUAUUUGAAGACAGUUGGAUUAUCAUGUCGAGCGGCCAAGUAUCUUUAAGAAUCUUUCGGGAGCGCUUAAUGAAUUUGCUACGUCUCCAUUUUUUUUAUGUAUUUGCCAAUCGAUUAUUUUUAUGAAAAUUUUUAUUGACGAUUUUUUACGUUAUACUAUCGCGUUUUAAUGUUCGUUCAACCUAUUCGUGCCUCGCAUACUAAUUUUUGUUUAUACAUAUAUACAUGUUUGCGUCACAAAAUUAUUUAAUGUCACGAAACGACAUCUCGAGGCGAUGAACACGUGCUUCUUCUACACGCGACACAAAUUGCAACGAUUGUAUUAUUGUUUCAAGUAAGGUACGAAAAAAAGCUGCUGAUUUAUUACGGUUAUCGAUUAGCAUAUGUCGUAGCCGCAACCACAUUUCGUUGGUUCGUCGGCAAACAUGCAAUCUUCUUUUUCUAAUUUAUUUUUCCCUCACAAAAGUGCUAAAAGGAAUUGGAUAAUGUUUCGGAAUAAUUUGUCUCCCAUAUAUAUGUCGCUUCUGCCAUCGACUCGCAAGCAUUACGUUUCAAGUUCCAAGUCUUUUCUCGCGUAUAUAAAUUUUUAUUUUUGUCACGAGAAGUGUCUGUGAUCAAAUUCAAGCAACAAGUUUUUCUAGCGCAAAAGUUGUUGUCCAAUAAUGUAAUCUAGAUUUUCUCUUAUAUGUAAAAAGAUGACCGUUUUUUGGUAGAUGAGGGAGGUACAUAUCGAUGUAUGUAAAAUACUGAAGCGUCAUCGUUAUCAUACGUUAUUUUCGACAAUUUCAUAUUUGCAACAAUUGAGAAAAAGAAGAUAUUUUAGAGAAAGCAGAGGAAACACUAUGUGGGUAGAGACAAUUCCGUGGCAAGUCUGAACGCAGACGCACACAGACACAUCCAAACUUCCUUCGAACGCCUGAGCCAGGUUUCCAGGAAAAAAAAAAAAAAAAAA